GAACUGGUGUUGUAGAAACAAUAGAAUCCUAAAUUUUAAAAUUUGAAAGAUGUUUUAUUGUUAUAUAGAAAACAGAAAUUUCCAAAAUAAGGAAUAUAUGGUGCUGUAUAGCGCCAGUUUGAGUUUAGACGUAAAUCCUGUUUCGUGUUUGACAAUUUGGAAACAAUCAUCGAUUCUUUGACUGACUAUUUCUUUAAAGGAUCAUCAAUCAUCAUCAUCAUCGUCAUCUUUUUAGUUUACUGUUGGUUCCAUACCUCAAAAGAAAGCUGAUCGAAGAUCCGGAGCUGUGCAAGUAUAAUGAGAACGCCGGAGCAUUUUACGUGUUUUCUACUGCUUGUUUCUGUGAUUCAUGCUGCGAAUUAUGGUCCAACCGAUAGGAUCUUUCUAAAUUGUGGUGCAAAUGGAGAAAUUAGCGAUGAUGAUGGUAGAAAAUGGACCUCUGAUAUGAAUGCAUCAUCAUCAGUGGGAAACUCCUUAGCUUCUGAUGCUGCUACCCAAAAACCUUCUGUUCCUACAACCCCUUACAUGAGCGCCCGCAUAUUUCAAUCUGAAUUCACUUACAGCUUCACGGUAUCAUCUGGAAGGAAGUUUGUCCGCCUUUACUUCUACCCUGCGGAUUAUGCUAAGCAUGUUGCCAAACUUGGGGUCUUCUCUGUUGAUAUUGGACCGUAUUCCCUUUUAAGAAACUUUAGUGCAUUUGAAACUGCCACCAAUCUCAACUAUGAUUUCUUUUCCAAGGAAUAUUCUGUAAAUACUGGAUCCGGGGGGGAUUUGAAUGUCACAUUUACUCCUGAUCCAAACACUCCUGAUUCAUAUGCGUUUAUUAACGGGAUUGAAAUUGUGCCUCACCCAGAUGAUAUCUAUUCCUCCAAAGGAUUUACGCUGGUUGGUGCCUCCGGGUCUUUCGGCAUUGACAACACUACUGCACUUGAAAAUGUAUACCGGUUAAAUGUUGGUGGACAAACUAUUUCAGCUAGCGGGGAUACUGGGCUCUUUAGACGAUGGGGGGAUGACACUCCUUAUAUAUACGGUUCUGCCAUUGGGAUUCCUGUAGCUGCUGAUCAGAACGUUACAAUCAGUUAUCCUUCAGGGUUUCCAGAUUAUGUUGCACCAGUUGAAGUGUAUAAAACAGCUCGAGCCAUGCUUCCAAACCCACAAGCCAACCUUGGGUUCAAUCUGAGUUGGUACUUUGAUGUUGAUACCGGUUUCACAUACCUGGUUAGGCUCCAUUUUUGUGAAAUUGCUCCAGAUAAAACGAAACCUAACCAAAGGGUGUUUGAAAUUUUAAUAAACAAUCAGACCGCAGAGGCCGCUGCAGAUGUUAUUCUUUGGGCAUCAGAGAGUAAGGUUCCUGUUUAUAAAGAUUAUGGGGUGUUUCUUCCACUUGGGAGUCCAAGACAAGAUCUCUGGCUAGCAUUGCAUCCUAACACUUACAUGACACCGAUGGACUAUAAUGCCAUCUUGAAUGGUAUCGAGAUCUUCAAAGUAAACACGAGUGGUGGAAAUCUUGCGGGAUCACUUCCAAAUCCAAUACCAAGCCAGCCCAUCAUCGACCCCUCUAGAGUGUUGCCACUUAGUAAAUCAGAUCACAAAGGAGGGAUAAUUGGUGGUUCCAUCGGUGGUGGACUUGCAGGCAUAGUUUUUGUUAGCCUUGUUGUUUGUUUUCUUUCCCAUAAAGGAAAAAGACAAAAGAAUCAAAACUCGAGCGACCGGACCUCUAAUUGGCUACCACUUUCCUUAUAUGGAAACUCGGACGCUACCGCCAAGACGUAUGGAAGUUAUGCUCCUUCAAACCUUGGUCGCCAUUUUACUUUUGCAGAGAUUAAGGAUGCCACCAAUAACUUUGACGAGGAUCGACUUGUUGGCGUUGGUGGAUUUGGUAAGGUUUAUAGAGGAGAGAUCGAUGGUGGAACGACUAAACUCGCUAUCAAAAGAGGAAACUCACUCUCUGGCCAAGGUGUAAACGAAUUUAGAACGGAACUCGAAAUGCUUUCAAAGCUUCGGCAUCGUCACCUUGUUUCUUUAAUCGGUUACUGUGAAGAAAAUUCUGAGAUGAUCCUUGUAUAUGAUUACAUGGCUCACGGAACACUAAGAGAGCAUCUUUACAAGACGCAGAAUCAACCGUUAACAUGGAAGCAACGACUUGAUAUAUGCAUAGGUGCAGCACGCGGCCUACACUAUCUUCACACGGGUGCCAAACACACCAUCAUCCAUAGGGAUGUGAAAACAACCAACAUCCUCUUGGACGAAAAUUGGGUUGCCAAAGUGUCGGAUUUCGGGCUAUCAAAGACGGGCCCUGCCAUGGAUCACACUCACGUAAGCACAGUUGUUAAGGGUAGUUUCGGGUAUUUGGAUCCUGAAUACUACCGGAGACAGAAGUUGACCGAGAAGUCAGAUGUGUACUCUUUUGGAGUUGUGCUUUUUGAGAUAUUAUCUGCUCGGCCUGCCCUGAACCUGACACUUUCAAAAGAGCAAGUGAGCUUAGCAGAAUGGGCGUUGCACUGUCACAAGAAGGGCAUUCUUGAUGAGAUUCUGGACCCGUAUUUGAGGGGGAAAGUUUCACCCGAGUGCUUCACGAAAGUGGCAGAAAUCGCUGUCAAGUGUCUUGCUGAUGAGGGGAUACGUAGACCAUCAAUGGGAGAUGUUCUUUGGAACCUCGAGUUUGCUUUGCAGCUUCAAGAGAGCGCAGGUGAGGGAUCAGUCGAAAUGGAAAAUGAUGAGACACCGCUGAACGGAAAGUCAAAGGAUUUCAAUGAAAGUGUGACGGACUCGACAAGCAUCACUAGUCAAAGUCUCGCGAGUGUCGACUCGAAUGGCUUGACACCAAGUGCAGUUUUCUCGCAGAUUAUGAACCCGAAUGGACGUUAGCCGGUUAUACGUUUGUGAUAUUUUGGAUUUAGUACUUUAUAUGUUAUAACAGGGUGUAUCUAAAAUUAGAAAACAUUGCGAGUUUUUAUAAUGUUAUAUAUACACAUACAUACUAUAUAAAUUGCAAUGGUAUA